AUGACUAUCUCGCAGAGUGUCUUCCCCCUCCCUGGCGUGCAGCACGGAAAGCGGAUCAUCGCUUCCGUGAUCGAGACACGAGCGCAAAAGGACAAUGACACUCCCUGGGUCUCCCUCCCUAUCAACGAGGAGAAUCUGUCGCUGGGGUUCAAAGACAUCUCCUUUCGAUCUUUUAACAAUGCCGCCAACCAUGCCGCGCACUGGCUCCGACAGAAUCUCCCCGAGACGUCGGAGCCAUUCCAGAAGUUCGCCUACGCGGGACCCAAAGAUCUCCGCUACCCGAUCCUCGCAGUUGCUGCCGCGAAACUGCAAAAAGUGCUUAUCCUCCCCUCCCCGCUAGUGACGGCCGAAGCGCAACGCCGCAUCCUGGAGCAGCAGAAGUGCACCGUGUACCUGCGGCCAUCAACCAUGACAACCCAGGUAGAUGUAAUCCUGCACGAUGCACCGCACGUUCAAACGAUCGACAUUCCAGACCUCGAGGAGUUCCUCAAGGACACCGAAGCGGAGCCCGUCACAUACAGCAAAACAUGGGACGAGGGCAAAAAUGACCCGUGGCUGGUGUUCCACACUUCGGGCACGACCGGAAACCCCAAGCCGGUGACCUGGACGCACCGGAUGAUGGCUUCGAUCGACAUGAUGGCCGCCUCCCCGAACAUCAAGGACAGCAUGGUCCACCGCGCCGCCAAUCACAGACUCUUCACCCCUAUCCCCUCCCUCCACCUAACCGGCAUGAUGCUCAUCCUGGCAACAACAACCUACGUCAACAUGACCGCCGUGCUAGGCCCAUCCACAGCUCUCACCCCAUCCACCAUCAUCUCCGUGUUCCAAAACACCCACAUCGACGGCACCCUCCUCCCACCCGCCCUAAUCGACGGCCUCUGCCUCUCCGACGCCGGCCUCGCCGCGCUCCGCAGCCUCAACUUCCUGAUGUACGCCGGGGCCCCGCUGGCCGCCAAAUCCGCCGCGCUGCUGACGCCCUACAUCCCCGUGGUCAUCAACGGGGUCGGCACCACCGAAGCAGGGGGGUACUUCGCGACGCACCACUCGCAACGCGACCCCGACGCCUACCUGUGGCUGUCCUUCGCGCAGCAAAAGGGCGCAACAUUCGAGCCCCGCACCGCUGACGGGCUGCACGAGCUGGUGUUCGUCCGCGAGGACCCCGCGAUGACCUCCGGAGUGAUAGAGACAGACGACGAACCCGUCAUCUUCCAGACCUACCCGCACCUGACACGGUUCGAGACCCACGACCUCUGGCGCCCGCACCCCGUCCACAAGGACCUGUGGCAGAUCGUCGGCCGCACGGACGACUACGUCCCCCUCUCGCACAGCGAUGGACUGCAUGCCUCGUCGCUGGAGCCGGAGAUCACGGCCCACCCUGCGGUCAGAGCGGCGUUGAUUGGGGGCCAUGGGCUGGCGAAGCCGGUACUCGUGGUGCAGUUGGUGGAUGGGACGACAGCGUCGGAGUUUGAGGUGGAGAGUCUGCGGCCGUAUGUGGACAAGGUCAACGCGCGGGUUCAUGAGUGUGUGCGGUUGGAGAUGGGGCGGGUGAUUGUCGCGACCGAGGAGAAGCCGUUUGCGUAUACGGCGAAGCAGAGUGUGGCAAGGAUGCAGAGUUUGGAGCUUUAUGAGGCGGAGAUAGCGGCGUUGGAGGGAUAGGGCUAGCAGGAUGUCUUCG